AUGACAGCUCGCGGCCCCCCGGCCGCCGGACAGCGGCCCGAGCCCCCGGCCCGGCUCCCAGGGGGGCCCGCGGGGGGCGGGGACGGGCGGCCCAAUCCCAGUCGCCCCGGCGGCUCCCUGGCCCGGCGGCCAAACCGGGCCCGGGAUGGGGGCACCCAACAGUGGCUGCCAGAGGCCGGCAGGUCCCUGCGGCCAGGGCAGUGGGGAGCAGCGGGGAAGCGGCCCAGGCAGACGGCUGCUGUCUUGAGGCCCCUGCCCAGUGCCCCACCAGAGGGUCCCCCUGGCCGGCCCAGCUCCGCGCCCCGGCCUGUCCGGGCAGAGGUCCCGGGCCGGGGCCAGACUCCCGGGGGCCGCUCUGCAGGGGCCGGCACUCCUUGGCUCUCCCGCCUCGGGGCCGGGGGCUGGCACACGGCUCCACCCCCCCCUAUGGCCGGCCCGUGCCCCCAGAGGCACCGCAUAAGGGACCAUGGACCCAGGCCCAGAGUGGGGAUGUCCUGGCCCGGGGCCAGCCCCCUGGGGUCCACUCUGACCAGGGACAGCAGAGGGGAGGGGAUAGGGGAGGAGAGCACAGACACCGACCCCCACCUGCCCCCCCCCCAGGCCCAGGUUCUCUCCUCUCGGCCCCGGCAGAUCUGGGACAGCACACGGACGGCUUCCCCGCUUUGGGGCCGACUCUGCCCGUGUGGAGGAUCCCGUGCUCCAGCAGGAGUAUCCCCGGACAACGCCCCCGUCCCGGUGUCUCAGCCCAUUUGA